CAACGUCCGAAGCCAAACACCGGCAAAGUGGAGACUGACGUCGGGCGCGAAACCGUACACGACGCCGGUCGACUGGGCCAGCCCGACCGAUCCCGGACGCCUCGUCAGGCGGCAGAAGAAGCCGUCGCCGUUGCAGUCGGCCUCGCCGUCGCCGUCGCCGUCGCCGUCGUUUCGGGCGUAACAGUAACCGUAACAACAGCAACAGCAGCAGCAGCAACAACAGCAGCGACUGCCUCCCGAGGGCCGGGUCAUUCGGUGUAUGUGUGCGAUGAGGAGCAGACUGACGCACAGACUGACCCCGUUGGCGGAGACGAAGCUGGGCUGGAGGCGGCGGCAGAAGACGUCGCGCAGGCCCAAGCCCGGCAGGAGGCGGAGGCCGGCGUAGACCGGCAUGUAGACGAGAUGGAGGAAGAUGUUGUUCAGCCAGACGCCGGUGAGCAGCACGUGAAUGCGGCGCAGUGGUCGGUGCCUCAUCAGCUGACGGUCCGAGGCCGGUGGGCCGGUUCGAGUCCCGCGGCCCGUCAACAGCGGCACCAGAAAGCGGACUGUGAGGAGGCUGAGCGCGAGGCCCAGGUUGACCGGACCCCCGAUCAGUCCGAGACCCACGAGCCAGGCCAACUCGCUGCCGGUCGCCGACUCGACAGAUCGCGGCAACUUGCUGGAGUUGUCCAUCCGGCGCCAGUUCUCUCGAGUCGCCGCCAUCUCGUCGUCGGGCAGAGUGGGACAAAAGGACGCCAUCGUCUCAUCACAAUGCUCCAACUCGUGUCCGUCGGUCGGCUGAACCACUGCGAGGCUGGUGAAGCCGAUGUUUCGAGGGACGAACCGGAAGUCGAGUCUCUCGGACGGCCUGGCCUGUGGCAGGGUUGGCUGGCAGUGGAGACUCAGAUCGUCUCGCCCAAAACCCUCCUCGCCGGUCACAUUCUCUCCUCUCGCCUUGUCUCACCACCACCACCGCCACUACCACUUGGUCCAAUGACGAGGGUGUCUGCUGUCCGAGAAGCUAUGCUUUUUGUACCGAAAACAGGCAGUCAGGUCGACAGAAAUGGCGGAUACACAUUUGCCCAAUCAACAGUCCCAUCUGCAACCUCUGCCCUGUGA